CUGAGAGUUCAGUGCAGAGUGGAGAGAGGAAAAGAGGAAAACAAAAAGGACCCGAUCCCUCGUUAUUUUUUCAUACCUGUCUCGUUCUUUAAUUCUUCUUCCUGUCAUUUGUCAGAUCUUCUUCCUCUGUGGGAUAAGGUAAGACAUGGGAUGUGGAAAUUCCUCACCAGCCACCAAGAACAGCAGCAGCAGCAGCAGCACUGCAGGGCAAGCCGAGUCUUCAACAAAGGUAUUAGAAGAGUCUGUGGCAGAAGAGGAAAAAUGGAAGAACUACGGAGGUGUGUAUGUAGGUUUUCCUACAAACCUGAGUGACAUUCCUACAAUACACAUCGGAUCACUCAGAGAGCACGACUUGUCGACCCUCGGGAGGCCGCUGUGGAGGGACGGAUCCUGAUUUUAAUGAAGAGCCAGUGAACUGAAAGACGGAGAAGAACUAAGAAGAGGAAACCCUGCAGACGUCCUUCAGUUUGCCAUCAGAGACUCACAGAGUGAUGAGGAGCCGCUCUCAUCUUCUCUCGCUGCUUCGUCCUCCGUGAGGACUGUGCUGGGAUCAGCUCCUCCUGGUUUUGCUUGCUGUGUAGCCUGUUGUAAAACACACUGGUUAAAGACUUGUGUGCUUCUUUUGGAAGCAGAUGGACUCAUCACACAGUUGCAGUUUAAACAUAUGAAGGUGCUUAGAUAGUUGACUCCACUUCAUUUGACCUUAUUGGCUUGUUGUGUAUCUGCUUAAUGAAACAAGAGGCAGACGCUGUGGUAACUCUCCUUGUUGAGGGAGUACUGAGUUCAUCCAAAUAUGUAGUAGGACUAAAUGUUAAAUAUAAAUAGGGAUAAGUGUGGUGAUAUUCAGUCAACAAAAAUCAACAAGUGUCAGUGUAUCCCAAUCCUUUUCUUAUGUGCCUCACUGCUCUAUUGUAGUCAGAAAACUAUUAAAACCACACCGAUGAGCAACACGGUUGCACUGGUUGGCAUUUACCUUCAUUAUCAUGAACACACACACACUGUAUUUUUAUUUUAACAGCCUGCUUCAAUCCAAUGUGGAAUCAUUUGCUGCUGAAAAUAGUCCCUAACAAAAGCACUAAUGACCAUUAUUUUACUAAAUGACGUUAGCCUUUUAGGAAUAUACAAAUAUAGAUCAAUGAGCUGUUUUCAUAUAUUAAUUGUACAUGUCCAUGUUCAAUAAAACAUUUGAUUUAGGGAGCAUGUUUCUGUAAGGUUUCCACAGUAUAAUACCAUAGUAAUGAAGGCUGGAUUAACGUUUAGUACUCACGUGUAGCUUGUAUAGUUUGAAAUGAUAACGUGCAGACUCUUGGCGUCUCCAGGACACGAACAGCAUUAAGUGGCUCCUGCUGUGAGAGGACGUCAGAAAAUCAUCUCUCCUUUGGGCAUUUACACAAAAUGAAAGCUUUAUGAAUGUUUUUGAGUGUGCUGUUCUUACCAUUUGUGCUCAACGUGAACCCACCUGUUCUCUCCCACGGACAAUACCUGUUGGUUUCUUAGGAAGUGGCUAAAAGAAAGCACAUUAUGUCACACACAUGACACUGGCUCGGAUGUUUCUCAAUUUGAUUAUUUAACAGAAGAAAUCCUUGAAAUGUAUUGUAUAUUGUAGCAAUUUGUUCAAGUCUGUUCAAAUCCACCCAAAUAAACCACAACCUGCAAAUGUCUUGAGGUUGUAUUUCAACACGUUUCAGCCAAUUUGAAUUAGUAACACAUUCAGAGAAUAGAGCUUAUUAAAAUGACUUUGUAUCCUUCCUUCUCACCACAUCAAUCCUAUAGUACAC